UAAUUAUUUAUUUUCCACAUUAUAUCCUAAAUUAUCCCCGGCGGCAACUUCUCGAGGUGCUGGAACUCGAAAUAGUAUAAUUAGUGUAGAUUCCUAUUAUUCAUCAUCAUCAUCAAAUAAUACUUUAUACGACGAAGAAGAAGAAAUUAAAGAAAUUAUACCAAUGACGACUAUUUGCGUAGAACAAGAAAUUCAUAGAGUUGCUUUUAAAACUUUACAACAAAGUAUAGAUCUUUUAAAAAGUUUACCUAAUGACGAAGGUUUUGUUUAUGAAA